UAUAUAUUUGGUUAUAAUUUAGGAAGAGAGAGAGAGAGGGAGCUGGUUUUUGUCAUAAAUGAGGUAAGGGUGUAGCAGAGGGCGGAGGGCAGUUCUCAUGGCGGCGUUGCAGUGGCUUAAAUUCCGUGCCAUUAUUGGUGGGUAAAUUGAAGUGAUAGAGAAAGCCAAAAAAAAAAAAACCUUCCUUGUUUUUCUUUAUUUUAUUUCUACCCGAAAAGAAAAAUCAUAUUUUUAACCUCAAAAAAACAUCCUAGAAGAACAAAAAAAAAAACAGGUCCUUUGUACUUAAAAUUCAACUAAUUCAGAGUUUUCAGACAGAACCAGAAACAAAACAAAGAAAGAUCAGGUCAAAACCCAAACCCCAACAGUUGUUGUUUAAAUCCCCCCAUAAAAACCCACUAGUUGAUCUUGGGUGGGUUUGAAAGGGGUAUUUGAUAGUGUGUUUUGCUAUGGAUUUUGGGUCCAAAUUGAUAGAUUUUGUAUCCAACAAAUGGCUGGUUUCUUCUAUUUAACUGGAAACAAACAAGAAGAUAAAGAAGAAAGCUUACAUUUAUAUAGAAACGAAGAGAUCUACAACAGUAACAACAAAGGGUUCGAGAUAUGGCCGCAGUACUAUUAUCAGCAACCGCAGCAAGCAAACGUGGUGAGCAGCACCUACCCGUUUGGGACGGGUCCUAGUCGAAGAACUAUCGGUGGUGGGUUUAAUUUAUCCGAUGAAUCAUCAUCUUCAAGGUUAAGACAAGGAGGAAUAAAUUGUCAAGAUUGUGGUAACCAAGCUAAGAAAGAUUGUCUACAUUUAAGGUGUAGAACUUGUUGUAAAAGCCGAGGGUUUCAGUGUCAAACACAUGUUAAAAGUACUUGGGUUCCUGCUGCUAAAAGACGUGAACGACAACAACAACUUGCAACUUUACAACAACAAGAAGAACAACAUCAGUUUCGUGGUGAGAUCCCUAAAAGACAGAAAGAGAAUCAAGGUGGUGUUGUUGUAACAGAUGUUCCUUCACUUGCUUGUACUCGUUUAUCACCCACCACCACAACCACCACUUCAGGGUUGGAACUGGGGCAAUUCCCACCGGAAGUGAGCUCACAAGCAGUGUUCCGGUGCGUGAAAGUAAGUGCUAUGGACGAUGUUGAUGAAGAAUUCGCUUAUCAAACGGCGGUGAACAUUGCCGGACAUGUGUUUAAAGGUAUACUCUAUGACCAAGGACCUGAAUCUCGUUACACCGGUGGCGGCAGUGGCAGCAGAGAAAACUCUGAACAACAACAGCAACUUAAUCUCAUGGCCGAUACGACGACGACAGCCAUGGCUACUUCAAGUAAUAUAGGCACGAACAUGCUCGAUCCUUCGGUCUACCCAGCUCCGAUCAAUGCUUUUAUUGCCGGUACGCAAUUCUUCCCACAUCCAAGGUCUUGAUUUUAACGAGCAUUUGUCUCUCCGAAAUAUGUUAUCAUCUACCAAAACUUAGAAAGCUCAUAAUUUAAAUGAAAAUAGAAUCCAUAUGAUAACAUGGGAUGUUUUUUUUUUUUUCAAUUUAAAUCCAGAUUUUCAAUGACUUUACAUAAA